AAAUCAAUUGAUGUGCGCGGAUACAAUUAUUAUGUUAAUGACACAUGUUCCGUAACGUCUACUAUUACAGAUUUUUUCCAGCCGAAUAAAAAGUAUCCGAUUGCCGCACCGAAUACUACUGCGAUGCAAAGCCACACGUUGUACGUCAUAAAUAUCAGCAUGAGAAAGUACGACAAAAUUAUUUGUAUGAUGUGUAAAAAUGUUUGGAAAGCAUAUCGUGCAUGCCAUGCAUGCUAUGGUGAGACAUCGAGUCUGGAUCACUGGCAACAACUUGAGCCAUAUGGUCCAUUUCUGAAUGACCUCCGUGAUUCAUGGAACCGUGGUCCAUGCUAUGAUCAGCCGAUCCGUGAUUCAUAUGAUCAUAAUAUUAAAGACAUGGCUUUAAAGUUUAUCAACAAGGAGAAUCGCUACCACAAUUUAUCAAAUAAAAACCACAACUGUCAGAUA